AUGACGUAUGUGGGCCGGCCGCAUCUGGCCGACCUGCAGCGGGCGGCUGCAGCGGCGGUGGGGGCACUCCCGGGCCUCACCAGCCUUGAGCUCAGCGUGGGCGCGGCUGCGCCGCUGCUGCCCCUGGGGGCCUGCCGCGGGCUGCAGAAGCUCACGCUCAGGGACUGCGCGGUGGGCGGCCAGGUGGCGUCGCUGCGCGAAGCUGGCGUCCUGCCGGGUCUCACGAGCCUCGAGCUCAUCGGCACGUGCAACGCCGAUCUGGCAGUGGACCCGCCGCUGGGGCUGCAGGAGCUUGCAGUGCUCUCACAGGCGUGCCCCAACCUCAGGUGGCUCCGGCUCGACAACCUCACGCUUGUUGGCGCGCCCAACGCAGCCGCGCGCGCAGCCGCGCGCGCAGCCGCGCCGCCCGUGUUCAGGCGGCUUCAAGUGCUCACCCUCGGGAACGUCAAGGACGGCCGCGGUGGGGCCGAGGCGUUUGACCUUGCUGCGCUCGCGCCGGCCCUGGUGCACCUGGUCCUCCAGGUCUGCUGGCACAGCCUGGCGUCCGGCGCCGCCAGCCACCCGGCGCGCCCCUGGCUGUGGUUUGACGGGCGCAGCCACCCCAGGUGGUGCAGCCUGGAUCAGACAAACGACUUUGCCGCGGCCGCCGGCGACCAGUCGCGUCUCGGGUGCCGGCUCAGCCUGGAUGCCUGCACGUUCUCGGACACGUGCACGCUCAUCAGCCGCAGCUGCGUGCACGAGUGGGUGACGGGCUGGCACUGCGUGCGCGAGCUGGACCUGGGUGUGCAAGGCCUCGGCAUACGCCUGUCGGGCCUGCUGCCGCACAUCGCGUCGACGAUGGGCGAGCACCUCGAGUCGCUGUGGCUGGCGGGCUGCGAGGCCGACCCGGCUCCCCGUGCGGCCCGCACCCUGCUGUGCCUGCCGAUGUUCUUACGCCUGCGUGUCCUGUCGCUGGAACUUGAAGCGCGCGAGGGGGAGCCGCGCAGCCCGUGCUUUGAGGACGUGUGUGCCUUGCUGGCACCGCUCACUGCGUGGCGCGAGUUACCGCCGCGGGUCAGCCGGCUGCCAGAGGAUUUCUCUGUAUUCCUGCCUGCGGGGGCUGCGGUGACCUGGGAGGGCUGCCAGGCGCUGACGGCGCAGGUGCCUGGGGUCAAAAUCGAGCUGCUGUGA